GUUAUGGGAGGCUCACCCAUCAGGCUAGUCGUGUCACUACAUACACACAGGCGGGUCCACUCCCAUUUCAUUGCUCACCUGGCGGCGAGCGAGGGGAGCCUCGCUCGGCAGUUUGCUGACAGCCUCAGUCAGAGUGGGAAACGAGUGAUCCAGAGAGUGCCGGCUCAGGGUGGAGCAGCCCGGGAGUGGUGAACAGAAGCUUUGUUGGUGACGAGGACGCCGGAGGACAACAUGGCAGUCCCCCGCUACCGUCAGCCGCCGAGACGCCCCCAAAUGAGGCGUCGGGGCCGAAGCGAGAGCAAUGGAACAACAAGCGAGAGUUCCUGCUGUCGUGUGUGUCCAUGGCUGUCGGCGUCGGGAACGUGUGGAGGUUUCCGUUCGUGGCCUUGGAUAACGGCGGGGGGGCGUUCCUAAUCCCUUACCUCCUGGUGCUGGUGUUUAUCGGCAAGCCUCUGUAUUAUCUCGAAUUUAUUCUUGGCCAGUUUCCCUCAGCUGGCCCCGUUGAGGUGUGGGGCAUCUGUCCUGCUUUCCGAGGUAUCGGGUAUGGACAGGCCAUCGCUACGUGGGCUGUGUCAACCUUCUACGUUUCCCUAAUGGAGAUGUGCGUCUUCUACUUCUUCGCCUCCUUCAGUGCAACGUUGCCCUGGGUUGUGUGUGGGUCCUGGGCGAGCAGCAUGUGUGUGGAUGUUACCUCGAACUCCACAUCCUAUACUGCGAACUCUACAUCAGGGAGUCAAGGAGGAAUAUCGGCCGCCGAAGAAUAUUUAGUCAACGAGGUGCUAAAGGUGGACCCUGAAGGGUUCCGGAAUGGCAUUGGCAUGCCGGAUUGGCGCCUCUCCCUUUGCCUGCUGCUGUCAUGGGCACUGGUCUUCAUAGUGCAGGCCAGGGGCGUCAGGAGCUCAGGAAGGGCAGCCUACUUCACUGCCCUCUUCCCCUACGUGGUGCUCGUGGCGAUGCUCAUCCGAGGAGUGACGCUGCCGGGGUCACUAGAGGGAAUCCUGUUCUUCCUCACUCCGCGCUGGGAGAUGCUGCUCAAUCCGGGGGUGUGGUACGCGGCGGUGGACCAAGCCCUCUUCAGUCUCACCAUCGGGUUUGGCGUCGUCAUGACCCUCGCCAGCUACAACGACUUCAGGAACAACGUGCAUCUGGACGCCACCAUCAUCUCCUUCGCCGACACCUUCACCUCCCUGCUGGCCGGCAUCACCACCUUCGCCAUACUGGGCCACCUGGCAAACGAGAUGGGCGUGGAGGUGUCCGAGGUGGUGAAGGGGGGCGGCACUUCUCUCGCCUUCGUCAGUUACCCCGAGGCACUGGGCAAGUUCACUUUUGCGCCACAGCUGUUCUCGGCUAUGUUCUUCCUGAUGAUGUUCACGCUGGGACUGGGGAGCGCAGCGGCUUACAAUAACGUCAUCAUCACCAUCAUCAGCGACAGAUACCCGAACGUCACCAAGGUUUGGAUCACGCUGUCCGUGUGCGUGGUGGGCUUCCUGGUGGGGCUGCUCUACACCACGCCACAGGGGCAGUACAUCGUCACCCUCGUCAAUCACUACAGCGGCGGCGUGUCCAUCAUCCUGCUCAUGGUGGUGGAGCUCAUCGCCGUCAUGUGGGUGUAUGGGCUGCGGCGCCUCAUACGGGACAUCCACUUCAUGCUCAAUCGCUCCACGGGACUCUAUUGGAAGGUGUGCUGGGGCGCCUUCAACCCGCUCUUCCUGGCGAUCGUUUUUGCCUACAGCCAGACCCAGUCACAGACCCUCACCUACGGGACCUACGUGUUCGGCGACAUCGCUACUGGCAUAGGAACGGCGUUGGCAGCGGCAGCUGUGGCAAUGGUGCCUAUUAUGUUCGUGAAGGAGGUGUGGAUCAGGUACGACGCCUCCAAGGGGCUGCGGCACUCCCUGGCCAACACCUUCAGUAUUACUUCCGAGUGGGGCCCCAAGGAUCCUGCGCUCAACAAGGAGUACUGUGACCUUCUGGCGGCCGAGGCCCAGGCAGCACACAGGCGGCCUUCCACUUAACAGUGUCCCCACCCCUCUGGGCUAGCCAUAACACAGUAAUAUAUAGACUCUCUCUCUCUCUCUCUCUCUCUCUCUCUCUCUCUCUCUCUCUCUCUCUCUCUCUCUCUCUCUCUCUCUCUCUCUCUAAUGACAUUUUUUUUGUGUGUUUGAUAGGUUAGAGUUUAGUAUGGGACUACUUGACUUGAUCUGGUAAUACAAUAUUCCACAUUAAUUACCAUUUCUGUCAACGUGGCGUGUUUACGCAGGUGGACAGCUCCAUGUACCUGGCGUACCUGGCUUCACCUCUCCUCGUCUCAGCCCUUGGCCUCAGCAGCAGCCCCAUGGAGACUUCUGGGUGUAAUGAUUCUUGGCCGGCCACUGAUGGCUUCUCUUAUAUCGUCCUGCCACUCGUCCGGAUACAUAGACAGGGAACAGGGAUUUAUAAGCGUGUUUCUAACUUUAUAAUUGUAUACUAUGUUCAGUGUAGAAGAGAGAUUUUAGAGGAAGAUAUACGACACUGUCUUUGCCGAACGUGGCCUGUGACUGGCUAACUUAUUUGGACGUCAUUUUGUGCUCUACUCUGCAAUAGAGGGAAGAGUAUUCGGCGCUCUGAAAAAUUAGCACCACAUUGUCUACACUUCUGUAUAAUACAUCAGAAUUAUUGCUGACAGGAGGAGGAUGUCAUGAAGUGCAAAAAUUAAGGCGCCCCAUGCAACUGUUCAUCUUCUUCUUCUUCAGGGAUUUAUCCCCUAAUAGGGGGAACGGGCCUUUGUCUUACGACGGCCCGUCUCAGGGGGGAACCCGCUGCUGGCGUGCGGCGGGUGUAGGGACGCCUCCGCCGCCGCCACAGCCACGGGUAAUAGCCGGCGAGCAGCGACGGAGGCACGGACACUCUGAGCAGGCGCCCAGCAGACACCCGUAGCGGUACUCGUGCGAGCAGUCGACUGGUCGACUUGACCGCGGAGGGGUGGCCCAAAGCGAGGAUGACCCCACGGGUCCACCUCGCCUCCGCAGAAGGGCCACCCGGCUGCUCGCCCGAGGAGUGCUGGCGUUUCACUCUCAUCUUCUCCUUCGGGCUGGUCGUUAUAUAUGGGUAGGCCUGGGGAGGUAUUGUGCUAACUCAGGUGUCACUUUAGCCCCGUGUCUCCGGGUAGCGGAUUCCUACCUAUCACAGUCUUUCUUUAGGGUCAACUAUAUCUAUUUUCUAUUAUUCCAUGUAUUCAUCUGUUAUCAUUCUUAUUGCUGCAAGUUCAUUUGUCUCAUUCCCUCAUGUGGACAAUUGUAAAAAGGAGUGUGAAGCUUCCAUCUGAAUAUACUAAGUGGCUUUUUAACAUUUCAAGCACGAGAUUUAUAUUUACAUUAAGUUUCUUUCACAUCUGGUUUGAAGUCCGUCACCUGAUCUGAUGUCACCUCGCAUUAUUGUACGUGUUACCUACGCCACACCAUUGUUAAUUAAUCCCUUGCCCUGCCGCACUUAAUCAACCAGUCUUUCUUUAGGGUCAACUAUAUCUAUUCCUCUAUUAUUCCAUGUAUUCAUCUGUUACCAUUCUUCAUGUUGUAAGUUCAUUUGUCUCAUUCCCUCAUGUGGACAAUUGUAAAAAGGAGUGUGCAUGAGGCCGACCCUGCUGUCCUUCGAUCUCAAGUGCACGAGGUCAGAGUUUACAGCUAGACACAAAUUCUUGACCUCGAGUUGCAAGUACGAGAAUAAUAUUUAGGUUGAUUAAAAUGUGAGAAAGUUACGACUUUACGAGUUUUGGGCCUAAUCCUGCUUUAUAUUAAGACUUCCACAGUUAAAUCCAGGUUACACUCGUUCUGCACUCCAUGGAAUUGUUAUCCUUGGACGCUGCAAUCUCAAAGUCAUCAAGAACUUUGUCUUUUAUGUUAAUUCUUUGUUAUACGCGUAUCAGCCGCUGACUCAUAGGCAUGCAGGCGAAAUACUUGGGACAUUUGUAAACCUGAAAUGUAUGACCUCAAUAAACAAAGAAAAAUAA